UCGGAUAAAUACUGGAUCUCUGCGCCAUGAGGCUUUACUGACUCCGCAGCCCGAGAAACGUGGUGUCCGCAGUCCGACCUUCGCUGUUGUACCGUCGACGUAGUGACGAUUCCGCUGUGUAGCGCGCGCGCCGGUGUCGAGACCAUGAUGAACGGACAGAUGAACGGCUUCCACAACUCGCUCAUCGACGAGGACUGCUUCUUGUUCACCUCGGAGUCGGUGGGAGAAGGACACCCCGACAAGAUUUGCGAUCAGAUCAGUGACGCGGUCCUGGACGCUCACCUCAAGCAGGAUCCUGAUGCCAAAGUAGCGUGUGAGACUGUUGCCAAAACUGGGAUGAUCCUGCUGGCAGGUGAGGUGACAUCACGCGCCACAGUGGACUACCAGCGGGUUGUCCGGGACACCAUCCGCCAAAUCGGAUAUGACGACUCCUCCAAAGGAUUCGAUUACAAGACCUGCAACGUGCUGGUGGCCUUGGAGCAGCAGUCUCCUGACAUCGCUCAGGGAGUCCAUGUUGACCGCAAUGAAGAGGACAUAGGAGCCGGGGACCAGGGGUUGAUGUUUGGUUAUGCCACUGAUGAGACUGAGCAGUGCAUGCCCCUCACCAUCGUCCUGGCCCACAAUCUCAACGCCAAGAUGGCCGAGCUGCGCCGCGACGGCACCCUUCCCUGGCUGCGACCGGACUCUAAGACCCAGGUGACGGUCCAGUACCGUCAGGAUCGUGGUGCCAUGCUGCCGGUGCGAGUGCACACCAUCGUCAUCUCCGUCCAGCACGACGAGCACAUCUGUCUGGAAGAGAUGAGGGAUGCUCUGAAGGAAAAGGUCAUCAAGGAGGUUGUUCCUUGCAUCUACCUGGACGAUGACACCAUCUACCACAUCCAGCCCAGCGGGCGCUUUGUCAUUGGUGGGCCACAGGGCGACGCCGGCCUGACAGGCAGGAAGAUCAUUGUUGACACCUACGGUGGAUGGGGUGCCCACGGGGGCGGAGCUUUCUCAGGCAAAGACUACACCAAGGUGGAUCGCUCCGCGGCGUACGCCGCUCGCUGGGUGGCCAAGUCUCUGGUGAAGGCCGAGCUCUGCAGAAGAGUGCUGGUCCAGGUGUCCUACGCCAUUGGAGUUGCCCACCCCCUCUCCAUUUCCAUUUUCCACUAUGGGACCUCCCACAAGAGCGAGAGGGAGCUGCUGGACAUUGUGAAGAAGAACUUUGACCUUCGCCCCGGAGUUAUCGUCAGGGAGCUGGAUCUGAAGAAACCCUUGUAUCAGAGGACCGCGGCCUAUGGCCACUUUGGCCGAGACUCCUUCCCUUGGGAGGUUCCCAAAAAACUAAAAUACUAAGUUGCAGAAACUAAUGUAAAGCUUUCCCCCUCAGGCUUGUUGGUGUAUACUACAGAGAAGCCUCCAAGGUUCGAGGGGUGAAAUGCCCUACUCUUUAUCAUAGCGGUGUCACUAACACAACUCCCCUUCCUCCACUCCUGUCUCUGUCGGGCUGUUGUUUAUUCUCUGGUGGCAGUGUUGUUCUGUAAAUCCUGAUCGUCUUGAUAGAAGUGGGCGAGUUUCAUGAACGUUGCUUCAUGGUGCUUCAUUGUCUGCUUAAAAAAAACAUCCCGAAUAAGUGGUUCAUUUAGCAUUCCACACUCGUCUAUUGGUCCGUUCUAGUGUAGUGUUUUGGUGAUCUUCAAGUUUACUGGUGCUGCUGACACAAGGAGCCUGAAUGAGCUUUUAGCUGGGCCGUCAAGCGACUUCCUGAGGAGAGAGGGAGAGAGCCUCUCACCACUCCUGAGUUUGAGCUUCUUUCCAACAUUCCUCCUGGUCAGUUUGCGACAAAUUCCCCUGAACCAGUCUCACCCCUCUUUCUGUUGGCCUUGCGCCCUUGUUGUUAGAGGAUGCAAGAGCGGCACAACUGAAAGUUGAAGGAUGGCCGUUUUCACCCAGAAUGCUGUGCGUUGCAGGCUAGUGGUCCAGCCAAGUUGGAAAUGACGUGCGCUCCCGACGGAGCAUAAACCCUCAGUUGCCUCCGCAGGCCUUUGCUGUUUUCUGACGUAAUACAGAAAAGUCAGAAGCUGCUGUGCUCUGGUCUGCUCCGAGGUGAAGCUGUGAUUAUGAUGAAAUCUGGAUUGUAAUGCGUUGAAGAUUCGUUUUUUUAAUAAGUCAUUUUUUAAACAAUGUGGAUUCACUUGUUUUCUUUUUAAUUAUUUGUUAAGGGCCUGGAACUCCACGAGUGUACUGACGGCAGGUGUAGCUACAGAGAAGCCUGGUUCACGUCUUUAUGCUGCUGGGGUUCGCUCUUUGCUAAACAAGUCUUAUUGGCUUAAAAUCAAACCUCAACACUAUUUAUUUAUAUGUUCUCUGAAACGCAGCGUGGAUACAGAGAAGCUGAUGUUUCAGAUGGCAGCUUUAAAAAGAAAAACGUUAUUGACUCUUGAAUUCCUUUUUGACUUGAUCACUUUUCAGUGUUUGGCUCGGGGCUCCAGAGUGUCGUACAGAAAAGCUCUGGUCCACCUCAGAAGUGUCGCUGACUAACGGAAAACUGUUUUUACCUUUUCAUUUUUGGACUCCAGGUACUUUUUAAAAUGGUUCUGUUUUCAAGUCCGGUUUGGAAAGUGUGCGGUUCUGCCUCCGACCUCUCCACGGUGGGACGCCAAUGUGGCUGGUGUAGUACAGAGAAACCAGCCUUGUUUACAGUCGUCCCACCUGCCGGAAGGUUUUAGUCUCGUUCCUUUUAACAAUCAGAGGUCAACCAUGUUGGCUGCAGUUAGCGAAAGAGUGCCUUUUCUAUGUCCUCUUCCCCCCCAACCCUGCCGUACCCCUGCACUGCUUCUACUUCCACAGGAACAAGUAGCUCAUACUGUCCAUUGCUUCAUGUAAGACUGGGUUGUUUCCCACCGCUCUGUAAUAAACAACUCUCUUCACACACAAA